GCAGACACCAACCGCUAAAUCCAACGGCGGAAAAAAAGACCGAGUCCAAACCUUUUUUUCAGGCGACCUACAAAUAGUCAAAUAGCAAGUCCCAUUGUAUACACCUGCGGCAGGUAGGAGACAGUAAACUAUAGGCACAUGACAUGACAGCACGCCGUCUCACUUCUUUAUCAGUUACGUCCGGUCGAGCACGGCAGCCCGGCAGAAAUUCAACGGGUAACCGGACAAACCAUGGAGGCGCAACUGCUGUCCCGGCUCCUCCUCCUCCUCAGCUUCAUCAUCGUCUCCGGCGAGGCGGCCCCGACGCUGGUCACCAGCCUGCCGGGCUUCGACGGCGCCCUUCCGUUCCGCCUUGAGACCGGAUACGUGACGGUGGACGAGGAGCACGGCUCGGAGCUCUUCUACUACUUCAUCGAGUCGGAGGGCGACCCGCGGCGCGACCCGGUCAUCCUCUGGCUCACCGGCGGUGACCGCUGCAGCGUGCUCAGCGCUGUGCUCUUCGAGAUGGGCCCGCUGAGGUUCGUGAUCGAGCCCUACGACGGCGCGUCCGGGACCGUGCCGCGGCUGCACUACCACCCCUACUCCUGGAUCAAGGCCGCGAGCGUCCUCUUCGUUGACUCGCCCGUCGGCGCCGGCUUCUCCUUCUCCCGGGACCCCAGAGGGUACGGCGUCGGAGAGGUCUCCUCUUCGCUGCAGCUCAAAACGUUCCUCACCAAGUGGUUCACCGAGCAUCCAGAUUUCCUCUCAAAUCAUUUCUAUGUCGGGGGAGACUCGUACGCCGGAAAGAUCGUACCAAACGUCGCGCAGAAGAUCUCAGAAGAUAUUGAAGCGGGACUGAAGCCGACAAUUAAUCUCAAGGGCUAUCUGGUAGGCAACCCGAUUACUGGUGAGGCCAUUGAUAUGGAUUCUAGAGUGCCAUAUCUUCAUGGAGUAGGAGUCAUUUCCGAUCAGUUGUAUGAGACAAUAAUGGAGCACUGCCAUGGGGAACCUUAUGACAACCCCAAGAAUGUUAUCUGCGCUCAAGCUAUGGACAGGUUCAAGGCGUUGCUUGAAGAAAUUUAUGACUCCCAAAUUUUGUAUAAAAAGUGCAAUUAUCUGUCUCCCACACCAAACGAUGAGACUACAUAUGGCAGGAUCCUCCAACAAGAAACUGGAGCACUGAAACAUCCACCACCUCAGCCUCAAGUGGAUUGCCAUGGCUAUAUUACCUACCUGGCAUAUGUUUGGGCUAACAACAACAUCACACGGGAAAACCUUGGAAUAAAGGCGGGGAGCAUGGGCGAAUGGGUGAGGUGCCAUGAAAAAGACCUACCUUUCACCCAUGACAUUGAGAGCAGUAUAAAGUACCAUCGUAAUAUUACGUCAAAAGGUUAUCGUGCCUUGGUAUAUAGUGGAGACCAUGAUGCUGUUGUACCAUUUUUGGGUACACAGUCUUGGGUAAGAUCUCUCAACUUCCCCAUUAUGGAUGAAUGGAGGGCUUGGCAUCUCGACGGACAAUCCGCUGGAUUCACAAUAGCAUAUACAAAUAACAUGACGUUCGCCACCGUAAAGGGUGGUGGACACACUGCACCGUCGUACCAACCUGAGAGAUGCCUCGCAAUGCUUAGGCGUUGGAUUUCCAAUGAGCCACUCUGAUGUGUCUGUGUGUUGUAUAUCAUGAUGUUGGAUAGGGUGAAGCGUGCAAUGAUGUGUGAGUAUGUUCUAUGUGUUUUACUUUGGGUAUACCACGUGGUAAACUAUGAAUGUAAGAUUUGGUCUAUUUUCUCAUCAAGUUAGAUACCUCGCCGGGUAGAAGAUGCCACAAUGACUCGCUUUCCCUAUUCCGACAAGGAAUGGUCGAACCGACGCAACAUGGUAGCGACAAGGUCAGGCUGUCAACAAACUAAUUAAGCUUGACCGAGUUCUAGUGGGCUCAGCCCAGGCUCAGUAAGAAGCUCUAGCUCACGAAGACACAAAGCUCGGUUACAAAGAAAAUCAAUGUUCCUAACAUAACAAUGCAGUAAGCCCAAGUAUGUUACAAGAACAAAAAAUUAUCGCCA